UUAAGGGCCUUCUACGUCACAGCUCGCUCCCCCCUCCCUCUUGCGCGCGUGGUGUGCUGGGAAGGGAAAGCGGAGCGCGGCUGGAGUGGCGGCGAAAAAGCGAGGGGGCGGGACCUGGAUCACGCAGUACUUUCAAAUGCUUGUUAGUGGCCUGACUUACCCCCCAGUAUAUCCAAUCACCAGAUGACUUCUCCAAAUAAAGCAGUUGAGCUACAGUUGCAAAUACGACAAAAUGCUGAAGAGCUGCAAGAUUUUGUGAAAGACUUAGAAAGCUGGGAAAAGGAUAUUAAAGAAAAAGAUUAUGAUUUAAAACAGCAGGGUGGAAUUCCAGUAGAGGAUUUACCACCAAUUCGAAAUGAAACAUAUAAGAAAAAGAAGAAAGGCAAAGUUAGAGCAGUCUCUAAAGAAACUACUGAAGAAAACAAAAAGAACAAAAUAAAAUCCUACGAUUACGAGGCAUGGGGAAAGCUUGAUGUGGAUAAGAUCCUUGAAGAACUUGAUAAGGAAGAUAGUACCCAUGACUCGGUGUCUCUAGGGUCAGAUUCUGAAGAAGAUGGGAUUCACAUAGAUACAGAAAAGGCUCUUGUUGAGAAAGAAAAGGGUAAUAAUUGUUUUAAACAAGGACAUUAUGAUGCUGCAAUAGAAUGUUAUACAAAAGGAAUGAAUGCUGAUCCUUACAAUCCAGUUCUGCCUACAAAUAGGUCAUCUGCUUUUUUUCGCCUGAAAAAGUAUUCUGUAGCUGAAUCUGAUUGUAACUUAGCACUUGCCCUUAAUAAAAAUUAUACAAAGGCUUAUGCCAGAAGAGGAGCAGCUCGCUUUGCUUUGCAAAAUAUUGAAGGUGCCAAAGAAGAUUAUGAAAAGGUUUUGGAAUUGGAUCCAAACAACUUUGAAGCAAAAAGUGAACUUAGGAAAAUUGAACAGGCUCUCAUGUCAAAAGAAACUUCACAACCUGAAGAAACAGAUGCCUGUAAGAACGUGGAAAUUACAGAACAGGAAGUUAAACAAAUGGAAGAGCAGCAGCUUAAGCAAAAGGCUAUUACAGAAAAAGAUUUGGGUAAUGGAUAUUUCAAAGAAGGUAAAUACGAAAUAGCAAUUGAAUGCUACACACGUGGAAUAGCAGCAGAUGGCACCAAUGCACUUCUUCCAGCAAACAGAGCAAUGGCCUACCUGAAAAUUCAAAAAUAUAAAGAGGCAGAAGAAGAUUGUACUUUAGCUGUAUUAUUAGAUUCCUCAUAUUCUAAAGCCUAUGCAAGAAGAGGGACUGCUAGAGCCGCACUGGGAAAGCUAAAAGAAGCUAUGCAAGAUUUUGAAACUGUCUUGAAGCUGGAACCUGGAAAUAAGCAAGCAAUAAACGAAAUAAUGAAACUUAAGAAUGAAUUAAUUGCAAAAGGACUCUGGACAGACGUGGAAUAUCCUGGAUUAUCACAGAAUGAAACAGAAAUACAAAAUCAGGUGAAACCCAUCGAUAAACCCUUGCAUCUGAGAUCAACAAAACCAUUGAGAAGAAUAAUAAUUGAAGAAGUGGGUCAUGAGAUGCUAAGUACAAAUGUGGUGGCUACCACAAAUCUAGAGCCUAAUCAGUCUGAUUCUGCAAGUGUAGAAGCAACACAGGCCUUCGUAUCUGCAAAGAAUCCAAGCAAAGAUGAUUUCUGUUCUCCAGCUGAUAUUCCAAAAGCAAAGUUAUUGAAAAUAGAAGAAAUUGGUGAUUCAGUAGCCACAGAAUCUGUUACUAAGGGUACUGUAAAAGAGAAGCCGUCACCUAUCGCUCAGUCCAUUGUUAUGAAAAAACAAGCUGAGACACAAAAUCAAGCACUCCACUGUGUGUCCACAUAUCCUGUGCCUCCAAUCCCUGUGAAUUCAUUCCAGCUUGAAUCAGAUUUCAGAAAAUUAAAAACUUUCCCAGAUCAGUUGUACACGUACUUGAAGCAAAUUGAUCCUUCACUUUAUCCUAAUCUCUUCCAAAAAUCCUUGGAUCCAGAUGUGUUUAGCCAAAUUUUGAAAAUUCUACAACAUUUUUAUGUUGGGAAAGAGGAGCCUUCACUUAUCUUAGAAAUUCUACAGAAACUGUCGGAAUCAAGAAGAUUUGAUAUGGCAGUAAUGUUUAUGUCAGAAUCAGAGAAAAAAACUGCACGUUCAUUAUUUGGUCAUUUGGAGCAUUCAGGAUUGAAAGAUUCUUCCAUUAAACAACUCAAGAUAAGAUACAGUGUUUGAGACAAAUGGCUUUCCCUAACUGUAUAUAGAAAUACAGUUGAUUAUGCACCUUUGUGGAAAGGCAAUUCCAGAUGAUGAGAGACUAUGGCUAGCACGAUCCAAAGUGCCUUGUGCAGAGGGGAGCCUGCAGUCUCUUCUUCCCGCCCCCACCAUGUCUCAUAUGCCAUCCUAGAAAAUCCCUCCACUUUCAAUAAUGGCUUCUUGUGGGGGUGGGGGAGGAAAGUUCCGUCGCCCCACGCAGUGUUCCAUGCACAGUUCUUUGGAUCAAAGCAGAUGAAAACAGGUAAAGUAUAUUUAUGUGGAAAAGGUUAUGGCAAAGUUUGAUCCUCCAGUUUAGCAGGGUAUCUAAUAGGAUUUAGUGUGGCUGAACCUGGUUCAAACCAUUUUAUCCUUUGCUCAUAGUGUAGGAUCAAGGCUAACAAUGAGCUGUCAAAAUAUUUUAUAAAUUUUAUUUUUGUGUGUAUGAAUUUGCUUGUUAAAAAUUAUUCUGUAUUUUUGUUCUUAAAAAUAAAUUCACAAAUGUUUAA